AUGUCUCAUUUUUGCUAUAAUCGUGGUUGUCAAAAAAAAUAUACACCAACAAAUGAUCCAUCAAAAGAUGAUAAUGCUUGUCAAUAUCAUCCUGGUUUACCAUACUUUCAUGAUGCUUAUAAAAUAUGGUCAUGUUGUCAAAAGAAAUCUCAUGAUUUUAGUGCAUUUCUAUCUAUGCCAGGUUGUACACAGGGUCCUCAUCAACCAACAAAACCUGAAGAACCAGUCGCUUCUCGUCCAACGGAACAAGAACAAGUAGUUACACCUAAACCUACUACUAUUCGUCAAGAAAUUCCAAAACCACAAGUACCUAUUGUUGAACGACCACCAAUGGAUGCUCCAUUAACUAAAAUGAAAUUAACAGUAGCAACAAGUUUACAAACAGCACUAGAAAAAUUAGCUAAUACUCCAAAAGUUGAUCCGACUAAAAAAGAACAAAUUAAUGAUGAAAUAAAACCUGGUACUCCAUGUAAACAUGCAGCAUGUGGAGUUCAAUAUACUACAGUUGAUCAAGAACAAGCAAUACCAUGCAGAUUUCAUCCAGGUGUACCAAUUUUCCAUGAAGGUAUGAAAUAUUGGUCAUGUUGUCAAAAGAAAACAACUGAUUUCGAAGCUUUUACUGCUCAACCAGGUUGUACUGAAGGUGAACAUUUAUGGCGUGUUGAAAAUCAAGCAUCUCAAAAUGAAGAUGAUCCACAAGUUCUUAAAACAUCAUGUCGUUAUGAUUUUCAUCAACAAGGUCCAUCUGUUGUUUUAAGUAUUUAUGCUAAAAUGCCACGUCCAGAUCAAACACAAAUUGAAUUAAAUGCUGGUCGAUUAAAAGUUGAUACACGAUUUGGUACAGAUACACAAACAAAACGUUUCUCAAAUGAAUGGGAAUUAUUUGGAUUAGUUGAUGUUAAUCAAUCAACAGUAGAAUUAUUACAGAGUAAAAUAGAAAUAAUUCUUAAAAAGGCUGAACCACUUAGUUGGUCACGAUUAGAUCGACCAUUACAAUUAAGCUAA